AUGCCUGCAUACCACUCGGUCUUCCUCGAUGAGCCCAACCAACAAGUCAUUGGCAACUUUGCCCUGCUCCCUCUCCGUACCAGAACUCGUGGCCCCGCUAUGCAACUUCCCGCCCUUUCCGGCGACGUGACAGAACUCACUAUCGAUGCCUCACACGAAAGCUACGACCCGCUGGACGAGACGCUGGCCCUGUUCCGUGCCAACACCUUCUUCCGCAACUUCGAAAUCAAAGGUCCCGCCGACCGUGUCCUCAUCUACGGUAUCCUGUUCGUCAGCGAAGUCAUCCAAAAGAUCAAGCCUCAGAUGUCCAGGAGAGAAGCCGAGAAGGCCGUCAUGAACCUCGCUCUCGACACAAACUUCGCCGUCCCUGGCGAUGCCACAUUCCCUCUCAACCAGGCCUUCGAGCCUCCGCGGGACAGACAAGAAGCCGAGGUCUUGAGACAGUACAUCAGCCAAAUGAGACAAGAGCUGGCCAACAGAUUGUUGAACAGGAUAUACGCAGACGGUGAUGCUCCUAGCAAGGUAAGACUGCUCCCUGCACCAGGUACCAGUAGAAAUGCUAAGCUAGUGCUGCCAGNNUGGUGGUUGAGUUUCACCAAGAGAAAGUUCAUGGGCAAGGCCCUCUAG